AUGAAGAGCAAACCAGUGACACGCCUGACUUACAGAAGCAGUGUCGAUUCGGACUAUGAGCUUCUCCUGGGAGACUGGCUCAUCACAGAUGCACCCCUGAGUAAUGCAUCUGGGAAUUGCGUAACGGACAACAAUAACGUCCCUUAUGGGGAUGGAGGUGAGCUGUGGUCAACCUGUGCCGGAUAUUUUGGAGAAACCAGGUUCACCGUAUCGCAAUAUGCCAAUGGGAGUUAUGCCCUGGCCGGCACCUUUCCGAUCGAAUUUGACAACGCACUUGGGUUCUCGCCGACAGAGGGAAACUCACCGUUUUAUCAAUUCCCGGUCAAAUUCUUCACUUCUUCGGGUACUUGUGAAGUCUCAUUCCAUAUAACCAUCCGGUUGGGAAGGACGAAGGAGGACUUCCAAAUCGAGACGUAA